AUGAAGGAUUACUCUAACUUUCUCACUGAUUUGGAGAAAGACCUAUACCGCCACAACGAACCGUUCACCAUUGUACUCAUAAUAUUCUUCAGCAUCACCUUCCUGCUUGGCAUUUUGGGAAAUAUGUUCGUCAUCCUUGUCGUUGCCAAGCACCGGAGCAUGCGCACACUCACCAACGUAUUCUUCCUCAACCUGACCAUCGGUGACCUUCUUGUCGUGUGCAUCUGCAUCCCCAUCACCCUCGGCAACUACGUCUACAGGGACUGGGUGUACGGCGAGGUGUUCUGCAAGGUAACCACCUUCCUGCAGGGGACUGCCGUGGGAGUCAGUGUUCUAAGUAUGCUGUUCAUCAGCAUCAACAGAUACUUUGCCAUCCAUAUACCUCUGCGAGCUAAAAUGUUAUUCACUAAAGGAAAAGUCAUCCUAAUGCUUGUGUCGGUGUGGAUUUUGUCCUUUGGCGCGGUGUCGCCUUUGCUGUUCGUCAAUGUGAUAACGACUUGGGGAAUACCGGGAUUAUUUGAAUCCAGGGUCUGUGAAGAAAAGUGGAAUGAGAUCGAAGACAAACAGUUUUACAAUCUAUUCAUGUUUAUCAUACAAUUCUUGCUUCCCCUGGCUGUCAUGUGCGGAACAUAUAUCAAAAUAUCAUUGACCCUUUGGAAGGAGGAUGUGACGCUCUUCGACAGCGCAUCUUCCGGUAAGGCUCAAGCUGACCGGAUAUUACGUCAGAGGAGGCGGACAGUCAGGAACCUGAUGUUUCUUGUGACGCUUUUUGGCCUCUCGUGGCUUCCAUACUAUAUUGUCAACAUUUGGUUGGACUUCAAUGUGGAAUCUAAACAUGCUACCUCCGUGCUCAAUUACGUUUAUCCAGUGGUGCAAUUACUUGGUAUUUCCAACUCGACUCUCAACCCUUUGUGUUACUGUUUCCUGAGUAAGGGUUUCAGACGGGCCAUGGCCAGUAUGUGCUAUGUGAAGAAGACCAGGACAUCACAGGGAACGACAAUGAUAGUCCGUUAUAAAAUACCCCUCAGUGAUGACAGCGGCUUUGAAAGUGUAGAGACAGUAUUGUCAUAGACAGCUUCCAUAUAGCUGGAACAUUGCAGAGUGCGGCGUUCAACGACAAACAAUAAACAGUACUGUCAUAGACUCACACUUCCUUGGCCAUUACGGGGAAAACAUCAGACAAUAAGCGAGGUUACAUUAAAUGUGAGGUUUAAUUAUUUCGCCCUUGAACUAGGUGUUCCGUUCUUUUAACAAUUACCCUUUUCAACGCUGCUUUCAUGUUGGAAUAACUAUCGUGGUCAGGGUCGCUGACUUGGUUAAUGUUUAACUUUGCAUCCCAUUGAUGAUAGAUCAUAUGUUUGACAUUCUACCGAGUGCGGCAAAUACCAAAAAAUAUUUCUAUAGGAACAUGGUGAAAGAUUUACAUCCCCAUGUAACGUACCUGAUGGAUUCUAGGUACAUGGAAAGACGGUCAUGACUUUCUAGUUCCAGUGUAAGGAUAAAGUUUAAGUUUACAAAGCGAUAUAUAUAUCACGAUAAAAAUGAGGUGA